CGAUCACGGCGGAAUCGUGUCAACAGAAACCGUUCUGUUGCUGGACAGUGAAUAUAAAUUGCUUAGCACGACAUAAAAAUAAUUAUUGUAGAAGUAUUACGGCUAUAAAAACAAAUAUAAACGUUAAAAUCUAUAUCACUAUUUUGCAUUACGAUUAGGUAUUUCCGUCGGCCGAAAUAAUGUUUUUGCCACUAAUUAAUUAAAACCCGUCUUUACCAUAUUAUUUCAAUAACGAAUUACCAAAAACCGUGAAAUUUAUUUUUCUAGUCGUUUUGUUUUUUUAAUUAUUCGCAUGCGGUUAUUAAGUUUGUAAACUAAAAAUUUCAAUCGAAAAAAAAAUUUUGGAACACUAGAAAACUACAGUUCUGAAAAAUUAUUUAAAAUGGAAACACCGCCUUUUAAUCCAGAAACAACAAAUCGCAUUAUGACUAGAAGUGUACUAGCUGAAAUACCAACACGACUUGGACGAUUGUCAAUGACUGAUCCUAAUCUAGGAUUAGGUAGAACUGAUCAUCAUGUCAAUAUCAUGAACACAACAAUUAGUAACAUGCCUACAUCAUUGAUGACACCAUCUCCAAGUCCCGAUGAGUUGAUUAUUCAACAACGAGGACGUCGCAAGAUACCUGUAACCUUCAGCCCUGAUAUUGACUCCAUAAAACAGAAUAAUCAGGAAACUCCAACGAAGUCAUGUUGCUCAAUUUCAAAUAAGAGUUCAAUUGUUCUUAGAAGUACACCACGCAAAAGAUUGCUAUUAAACGAUCCACUAGAACUGUCUUCUCCUGAUAAAUAUAAAAUUGGUUCUCCUAAUUACAAAAAGUUCCGUACCGAACAAACUAUUGGACUUCCCGAAGACAAUUGCAUAUUAUCAGCAUUGAAAGCUUUAUCGUCUGAUCAGCUAAUUGGAAUUAUUGGACAAAUUGUUAUUGAUCACCCAGAGAUAGAAAAAGAAGUGAGAUCUAACUUCCCGUUGGCAGACUUGAAACCUUUAGAAGAUCGCAUUUAUUAUUUGCGUCGGAACAUUUACAAGGCCUUGCCUAGUAGUCGGCUGAUUUCAAAGACUGAUUCCACAGCUUACAAUCGUGUUUCUACUCACGUCCUAGCGUUUAAAAAAUGUGUUGUUGAUCAAGGCCGACGUUUGGUUGAAAGCAACCAGUGGUCAGUUGUAUUGGACUAUGUUUUUAUGGCCUGGAAACAUGUUCGUAACACUCCAGUCUGGGACAGUCCACCGCACAAUGCAGCUCGUAGACAAUGCUUCAAAUCGUUGUCAGCAUUGUGCAUGACUGCGCUGAAGCACAUGAAGGACACUAUGGACUCGCAAAAACGUGACAACUUUAAAAGCCAAUUGAAAUUAUUAGUUGACGAUAGUGAAGAUAUGGAGUCUUGCUUAGAAUUCCUGAGCUGCGAUGUAUUAUGAGUAAGAACUCAAAAAACGAUACAAGCUGAAUUUUGUUCUAUCUAGUGACAAAUUACUAAGUUACUGGAUGGCAGUGACAAUCUAGACGUUCUAGCUAGUAUUGUAAUGUUAAUUUAAAAUAUUAGUAAAAUUAUUUUAUUUCUACUAAAUUUAAUGUAUUGAAAUUGUGUGUGAAUAUAAAUUUGUGUUUUAUUUCAAAGAAACUACUGUUAAUAAAUAAUUUUGUAAUCAAUUUCCCACCUAUUUAAUUUCUGCACAAUUUUGUUAUACUGCACUAUCAAAAUUAAUAUAACUUUAUGAUGGUAUUAGUUUUUUUUUUAAUACAUAUUAUAUAAAUAAUGAUUGCACUUUUAUUUUUAUUUUUGUAAGACUUAAAAAAUAAAUGUUGUUUGGCCAGCGUUCAUUCAGUAAAAGUUUAAUGUUAACUCAACUAUUAUAGUACGUCACUAAAUUAUAUGGUUUUCCAUUUACGGUAUUACUUGAUAUAUGUUUAGAAAACAGUAUGCCGUGUUUACACAUACUCACAAAUUAAAUAAUACUAAUAUAUAAAUAUUUGUUUGUUUUUUUUUCUAAUAUAAGACUGUCAAUGCACUGUUUAAUAAAAUGUGCGUUCUGAAUCCUCUUAGACUGUAUACUUAAUUUAAAAUAACUUAUUUUAUAAAUUUAAAAUGACCUUUUUUUUUUU